UCUUUUUUCCGAGCAGUCCUCAAACGCAUCCCCCGUCAGCCUCUGCGUCAACAGCCGCUCCGGUGUGUUUGUUUGUUUGUUUGUCGGCUUGUUCCGGUAGCUUACCGGGAGGCAGACCCCUCCGCCCGGCUGCUGUUCUCACGGUGAAGGACUGUUGGUGCUGACCUGGAACCAGAACCUGCUGGACUCCAUCCAGAGCUGAACAUGACUGGAUGAUGUGUGACAGCAGCUGCCAUGGCCUGCAGCGGCGCUCAGAGCAACGCCGAGGCGCUGGAGGGAUUCCACGAGGUCAACCUGGCCUCGCCCACUACACCUGACCGACAGAACCAAGCAGAGCAGCGCCCCCCGGCCCGCCACAGCGCCCCGCCCGCCUCCCUGUACCGCGCCCACUCUUUGGGGCCGCCCCCUGCUGGCCUCCCCACGUCACUGCGAGCUGAUCAGCUCCCCACGCAGCCGGUUUACUCCACGCCGCGGCACAGCCACAAUGGAAGCGUGCCGGGCCUGGAGGCGGAGCCGGCCGAGGGGGGCUUCCUGUCCGGGGACGACGGCGACGAGUGCAGCGCGCUGAGCGACAGCCUGUCGCGGCUACGCAGCCCGUCGGUGAUGGAGGUCAGAGAGAAGGGAUACGAGAGGCUGAAGGAGGAGCUGGUCAAGGCUCAGAGGGAGCUGCUGUUGAAGGAUGAGGAGUGUGAGAGGUUGUCUAAAGUCAGAGACCAGCUCGGCCAGGAGCUGGAGGAACUCACCGCCAGUCUCUUCCAGGAGGCUCAUAAGAUGGUGAGAGAGGCAAAUGUGAAGCAGGCGAACGCAGAGAAACAGCUGAAGGAAGCCCUGGGCAAGAUCGACGUCCUGCAGGCGGAGGUCCAGGCCCUGAAGACGCUGGUCCUGUCCUCCCCUACUUCCCCCGUCGCCGAGCUCCCACCUGCAGCCAAGGCUCCCUUCAGGAGGGGCCACAGCCGCAACAAGAGCACCUCGUCCGCCAUGUUGGGGUCGCAGCCCGACCCGGCCGCCACGCAGCCAAUCGUCAGGGAGUGCAGGGAGGUGGACAGUCAGCUGUUCGCUGAGUUUAAAGCGUGGAAGGAGGCGCCGACGCUGGACCGGAGAUGCGGCUUCCUGGAGAGAGUUUACCGGGAAGACAUCCACCCCUGCCUCGCCUUCAACAAGAGCGAGCUGGGUUCGGCCAUCUUGGACGCCGUGGAGCAGAACACGCUGAGCGUGGAACCGGUGGGUUUCCAGCCGCUUCCUGUGGUCAAAGCGUCGGCGGUGGAAUGCGGCGGCCCAAACGGGCGAAGGGCGGCGCUCGUCACAAAGUGCGCCCUGAGCGGUCAGACCAAAACCUGUAAGCACAGAAUCAAGUUCGGAGACUCGUCCAACUAUUACUACGUUUCUCCUUUCUGCAGAUACAGAAUCACAGCGGUGUGUAAUUUCUUCACCUACAUUCGCUACAUCCACCAGGGUUUGGUCAAGCAGCAGGACGCAGAGCAGAUGUUCUGGGAGGUGAUGCAGCUCCGCAGGGAAAUGUCCUACGCAAAGCUCGGGUACUACAAGGACCAGCUGUGAAGCCGUCCAAUCACAGCAGAGCCUGACCAACAAGCCCCGCCCCCUGCGGUGUGAAGGAAGAACUGUUUUUGUUGCUGGAAGCUGUGGCGGACUGAACGGCCGCUAACGUUCCGGAUCGUUCUUUAGGUUCUGUUCGCUUCGUUUUCUGACCUCCAUUAUGUGACACUAAAAAAAGCUUCUCCUUGCAUUUAAAUUAAAUUAUAAUAAAUCAGAAAAUACUUGAACUAUUGUGUAAUAAGCUAUGAGCCUCGAGGAAAAAACACAACAAUUUAUAAACUCCACAAUAUUUCAGUAACUUUGCAGUUUAUAAAAUCAAAGUUUCACGUUUUUGUGGAACAGAAAAGUAUCUAAAAGUAUUUCCAAAUGCAAAAAAAAUUAAUUUCACUAAAUUUUCCUCAAAAAAACAAUUAGAAAACUUUGAAGUGUUUCUGAACGACAUGUUUCGCCAAACAAAACGAAUUUCUUUAUUUUUGCAACUUAGUAAUUGUCCAAGACAUUCAUCUUUAAUUUAAAUUUAGAUCAUUUGUUUUUGGAGAGAGAAAAGCUAAAAUAUGAGAAAACUUCAACUGGGAUUUUUUUUUUCAUAAAAAUUUAUUUCAGGAGUAUUUUUGUUUUAUUUUGCAUGUUGCGAAUUUUAAUCAGGUGUUAAAUCCCUCAUUCCUGUAAACUGAAGCUUUUUCUUUUAAAAUGAACCAAAUCUAAAAAAGUCCCUAUUUUUUUACCCAGAAUUUAUUUAUUUUCAUUUUCAGAUCAACUUCAUUCCAGAAAUAAUUUCUUAAAAUAUCCUGAAUUAACUCUCAGUAAAAUGAACUGAUUUCCUUGCUGUCGCAAAUGUUUUGUUUUAUUGUUAUAAAAUAUUUAAUUUGCAUUCAGGCAAAUUUUACAGAAAAUGUUUGCAAAAUUUAGUUGUUUUUUUUGGGGGGGUCAAAAAUUUGCCUUAAAAUAUGGACACGUGUUUUUGUUUCCUCUCAAACUGGCAUAAAUGAUCUACAUGUUAAUCACUAACUUAACUCUUAUUGAUAAUCACUGUUUUGUUGUUAGAAAAUGAUUCUUGUGGUUUUGUGCAGAUGAAGGCCUGAACACAAUAAUCAGUCAGUUAUUGUUUGGAGACGAAGCUCUUGCGUUUAUUUUUGCUGUUUUGUGAUUGGGGGAAACUUUCCGUUGUUUCCUCCUGCUGUUUACCUGCAGCGCUGUUCUGUGACGUUCGGUUUCAUUUAAGCGCCUCCGUCUCUCCUCCGGUUUGGUUUAGUGCCUUUUUUCUCAGACACUCUGAAAUAAAAACAGUGAUACCUCUGGAA